CAAAACACAAUACUCAGAACUCGAGGAAGAGAGAAAAAGAACACACUCCAUUGCUUAGUGUUCACUGUAGUACAACAAUGGCGACAUUCGCACUCAAAUCCUUCACCGGACUUCGUCAGUCCUCACCGGACCAGAUUAACUUCGUCUCCCAUGUUCCGUCGUCCCUCUCUCGCUCCCAGCGACGGACCUCUCUCAAAGUAACCGCAUCAAGAGCCAGCCCCAAGCUCGCCAACCGCAGCCUCCGCGUCGCCGUCAUCGGCGGAGGCCCGGCAGGAGGAGCCGCCGCCGAAACUCUCGCUCAGGGAGGCAUCGAGACGAUCCUCAUCGAGCGCAAGAUGGACAACUGCAAGCCCUGCGGCGGCGCGAUCCCUCUCUGCAUGGUCGGAGAAUUCAACUUGCCGCUAGACAUCAUCGACCGAAGGGUCACCAAGAUGAAGAUGAUCUCUCCGUCCAACAUCGCCGUGGACAUUGGCCGUACGCUCAAGGAGCAUGAGUACAUAGGUAUGGUGAGGAGAGAGGUUCUUGACCAGUACCUGAGGGAGAGAGCGGAGAAGAGUGGGGCUACUGUAAUCAACGGUCUCUUCCUCAAGAUGGAUCUACCGGAGGAAUGGGACUCGCCGUACGUGUUGCAUUACACGGAGUAUGAUGGGAAGACGGGAGCUACGGGACAGAAGAAGACGAUGGAGGUUGACGCCGUUAUCGGAGCUGACGGAGCUAACUCUAGAGUUGCGAAGUCUAUCGGUGCCGGAGACUAUGACUACGCCAUCGCGUUUCAGGAGAGAAUCAGAAUCCCAGAUGACAAGAUGACGUACUACGAGGAUCUAGCUGAGAUGUACGUCGGUGAUGACGUGUCGCCAGACUUUUACGGGUGGGUUUUCCCUAAAUGCGACCAUGUAGCUGUUGGAACGGGCACCGUUACUCACAAAGGUGACAUCAAGAAGUUCCAGCUCGCGACAAGAAACAGAGCCAAGGACAAGAUUCUAGGAGGCAAGAUCAUCCGCGUGGAGGCUCACCCUAUUCCGGAACACCCGCGACCACGCAGACUCUCCAAGCGUGUGGCUCUUGUUGGUGAUGCUGCAGGGUACGUGACUAAAUGCUCCGGUGAAGGGAUCUACUUCGCUGCAAAGAGUGGAAGAAUGUGUGCUGAAGCCAUCGUUGAAGGCUCACAAAAUGGUAAGAAGAUGAUUGACGAGAGUGAUUUGAGGAAGUACUUGGAGAAAUGGGACAAGACGUACUUGCCUACGUACAGGGUGCUUGAUUUGUUGCAGAAAGUGUUUUACAGAUCUAAUCCGGCUAGAGAAGCGUUUGUUGAAAUGUGCGGUGAUGAGUACGUUCAGAAGAUGACGUUUGAUAGUUAUCUGUACAAGAGGGUCGCACCGGGUAGUCCUUUGGAGGAUUUGAAGUUGGCUGUGAACACCAUUGGGAGUGUGUUUAGAGCUAAUGCUCUAAGGAGAGAGAUUGAGAAGCUAAAUGUUUAAGCUUAAUGUAUUGUCCUUAAAAAUUAUCAGUUUCUUAUUUAUGUUUUUGUUGAAUGAUCAGUGGCUUUAAAAUCCAAAUCCUUAAUAAAAAAAAAGAUUUUUCACAAA